AUGAUUUUGUUAUCUGAGCUGGUGCGCGCGCUGGGCGCGGGCGUGCUGUGCGCUCGCAUCCCGGGGCUGUCUCCGCGGCAGCGCGAGCUGUGCCGCGCCUCCCCCGACGCCGUGGCCGCCGUGGGGGAGGGCAUGCGCCUGGGCCUCGCCGAGUGCCAGCACCAGUUCCGCGGCCGCCGCUGGAACUGCUCCGCCGUGGGCGCUGACACCGUCUUCGGCCACGUCGUCGUCAUCGGGAGCCGCGAGGCGGCGUUCACGUACGCGGCGACGGCGGCGGGCGUGGCGUGGGCGCUGGCGGCGGCGUGCGCGCGGGGCAACGUGUCGUCGUGCGGCUGCGACACGCGUCCGCAGCGCGGCCGGCCGCGGCCCGCGCCGCCCGCCGCCUCCUUCAAGUGGGGCGGCUGCAGCGCCGACGUGCAGUUCGCCGCCGCCUUCACGCGCCGCUUCCUCGACGCCCGCGAGCUGGAGGGCGACGCGCGCUCGCUCAUGAACUUGCACAACAACCGCGCCGGCCGAAGGGUGUUCUUCUCGUUGGGAGGCGGUGAAGGCGAGCCUGCUGACGGAGUGCAAGUGCCACGGCGUGUCCGGCUCGUGCACCAUGCGCACCUGCUGGCGCGCCCUGCCGCCCUUCCGCCAGGUGGGGGACCUGCUGAUUUGCGCCGUAUGCGCGCGCCGCGGCGGGCAGUGGCGGCGGCGCGGCGGCCGCGGGUCGGCGGCGGCGGGGCCGGCGGGGGCGUGCACCGGCUGGCGCUGCUGGGCCGCGGGGCGGCCGCCCGCGCGCCGCGCCGCUCCGAGCUCGUCUUCCUGCAGGAGUCGCCCAACUACUGCGAGCGGGACGUCGCCGCCGGCUCGCUCGGCACCGUCGGACGCGCCUGCAAUCGCACCAUACGAGGUCCCGGAGGCUGCGACCUUCUCUGCUGUGGCCGCGGCUACAACACGCACCAGCUAUCACGCGCGUGGCAGUGCCGCUGCAAGUUCCACUGGUGCUGCCGCGUGACAUGCGACACGUGUCACGAGCGAGUCGAGCAAUACACGUGCAAGUGAAAGCACCCGCCCCCGGCCUCGAACUGCCUACCGCGCCCCUUCCUUCGACUUCCCCGUGUUUCAAGAGUGUGACCCGUAUUUAUUUCGCUUUCGACGCCGGUGCCCGUCGAUUUGGGGCCGGUGCGAGGUGUGUGGAUGUGUGUGAGCAUGCAAUUUGUUUCUGAGUGAAUGAAGACAAUUCUCUUUUUCGAGCUUACCUGUGUUUGUUGGUUGACUGCAGUUUGCAGCAUCCAUGGACUUUUGCUGUUCCUGGAGCAGUCGUCGCUCUCUUUUCCAUUCCUGAAUCUCUUUUACCAUUUAAUAAAAAAACUGUUAAAAUCUAGCACAAGAGACUGUUGUUUUACAAGAAUAAUAACUAAAACUAUCAAAUGUGUAUAUUAAGUUGUUAAUGCUGUUCUAUACAUAAUGAAUGAAUGAUUGAUUCAUUGAAGAUGAGUGAAUUUCAUUAAGUUGUAGGUAUUUCUUUAAAACUGUAAGUUCUCUUUGUAAAGCCUUUGUAGGAAGUAGAUUUAACCUUUGCACAAAUUAAUCGCUGAUCACAGUGAGCCCUAUAUACAGUUGUGCUAAAUGAUGUCUGUAUAUUUAAUUAUGACUGUGUAAUACAUAUUGAAAUAAAUGAGUGGUAUUAAUAUUAUUGACAUAGCUAUUGUCUUCUAGUCAUUCAUUUAUGUUGAAGAAUUCGAAGAAUUGUGCUUUGUAUUCUUAUUACAUUAUUUUGUAAAUAUUUGUAACUCUUUCACACUGAAAUGAGAAUAUGAAGGGAUUUUCUAUGCACAUUGCAACAUUUAAAUUAAAAAUUAUUGUUUUCAAUGAUGUUACUGGCAUUAUGGUUAUGUAUAUAUUCUGGUAAUAUGUCACAAAAAUAAUGUAAAUUAAUAUUGUGCAUUUAUGAAUUAUUAUUUUCAUUGAAAUACAUUUUGUUCAGAGAUACACAUUUAGAGCACAAAAUAUUGAAAAUGUACUUUUUUGAAAGUCUUUGUGUGAUAAUAUAGAGUGUUUGUUUAUGUAGAAUACACAUUUUCUCUUUGAAUUAGUUUUUUCCUUUGGAAAAUUCUUGAAUAAAAUGUUCUAUUCCAACCUGAUCCAAAACAAAUCAAAAGCUUGUAAGAAUAAAAAAAAGUGUGUGUACAUUGAAAUAAAGAUACC